UUGAGGCAUUGUCCACUCCACUUUUCUGGAACUUGGGCGCUGGGUUACGUCGUGGCCGAAGGCUUGCGCGUGGUUGGUUGAUCGUUGUCGGCUGAAGUUCGUUUAGUGGACAUGGCGGGCUGACAAAGGAUGACAUUGACUACCUGUUUUGGCUGCUGUUAUACGGGGUUUCGUCCACAUAUCGUUGCAUGGGGAGGAUGUUUAUGUAACUCUGAAAAACCGGGCGGUUGAGAACUGCGAUUCCCAAGCCUGCACGGAGGGACAUCGUGGUCCUGAUGUCCCAAAUGCAGGUCACACCACCACCUUAAACUCUGUAUUCCAUUGAGAGAUUACAUGUGCCAGGCCCAAUGCUGUUCAUCAGGGUCCCAAUGUCCCGAAUGCAGUUCAGCCAAUCGAGCACUCGAGGAAGACGCUUUGGCUUGUAACGUACUCUUGCACUGGAGGAUGAGGCUGGGUAGGUGCUGUUUGUCUUGUCCUGUUGGGAUCUCCCCUGGGGACCGUCGCUCAAAGCAGCCAAUGAAUGUAGUAUAGUCAAAGAUAGAAGAAGUUAUUUUCAUGCUCUUUGCAUGCUGUAGUGAGAUCACUCCCGGGGAUCUUGCGACAAACAGCCUGUUGAGUACUUGAGGAGGAACGAGCUUUGCUCGUUACGGACUGAAAAGAUCGAUGUCCAAUUUGGAUUUCCCCUGGGGACCGUCGCUCAGAGCACAGCCAAUUGAUGUAGUAUAGUCAAAGAUAGAGGAAGCGGGUUUGUUCGUUGCAUUCUGUUGCGAGAUUACCCCGGAGAGUUUUGCUACACGCAGUCCAUUAUAGCACUUGAGAGAGAAAAAUGCUUUGCUCGUAAGGGGCUCCAAAGAUGGAUGAGGUGGGUGUGAGAACUUCUGUUACGGAGGAUAGCGCUUUGAUCGAAGCGCACUCGAAGACGGAGGAGGAGGUGGGUGCAAGCACUACUUCUGUUAAGCGUUACUCAAUCGCAGAACUGAAGGCGAUUGGAGAUGACUGCGAGCGGAGUUGCAGCUCUGCUUUCAACCACAUUCGGUCUACUGCAGAGGAGACAUUCCAGGAGAUCAAGGCGAUGGUUUUUAGGAGGGGCUUCCAACAGCAAUCCGAACUGGUAGGGGUGGCGGAAGGGAUGGCUUGCAGUGCUGGUGGAAGACAGAACCAACACCGGAGGGGUCGGCAUAGAGGCUCCCGAUCUCUUCCUGCUCGAGAUGGACAUGUGGUGGGUGAUAACGAGUGCCGGACUCAGGCAGCACUCUCCAUGGGCGUGGGUUUUGACUAUGCGGACGCAGACCAGUGUGAUGCGAUUGAUGGUGGGGAACCUGCAAGCAGCCUCGCUGCUCGGUGCAGUGAGGAUCGUACACCAUCAGCAAAGGAUGCCUCUGCCUCAGUACCUGGUCCAUCUCCACAUGGCGUUGCAGUUCAUGAUGAUGGCGACGGAGUUGUGAACAAUGCCACAGGACAUGGGCCAGCAAGGGAAGUUAGCAUGGCGAAGAAGCGACGUCAAUCUGUGCCGACGGCUGCUGAUGAUGUGAUUGACAGUAUGGACCGAGAUGGCAGUGACAGACGACAGCUAUCAUUUGGGAUCGAUGUACCGGGUGAGCAGGCAAGCAACGUGCGUGUCCAUGAUGUGAAAGAUGAGGGAUGCGAUGUGGGGGGUACAAGCAAUCGUGAACGCGAUGAUGGCCGUCAUGGUUAUGACGAAUACGAUGAUGACAAUGAGGAGGAGGAGGGUGAGAAAAUGGGAAGUCUGCAGGCGCGAGCAUUUGCUGUCCAUGGCGAACCGAACUUCGAGGCUGGCCCACCGUUGGAUGGGGCGGAGUAUCUGCGGCGAGUGAGAUGGGAAGCGUCAAGAUGCCCAGGAGUGAAGACAGUGCGUGUGGACCCUAAGAAACUGAAGGCGAGCCAGACCGCAUACAUGCCGAAGAUCCCAGAUGUACCGGUGUGCCCUCAGCAUCUUUGUCCAUCAAAGGAGUGGCAGUCGGCUUUCCUCGCCGAUUUUUCCAGCCUUCGCCAGAGCUUGCAGAAUUUGGAGCGUCCGCAGCCGGGAAGACCCGGUCUCAGGCUUCCGAAAGCGAAGGAUGAAGCUGGAUGGAAAGCGUUUUGCCUUGGGAGGUGUCAAUCCGCCGCAAAUGCAGCGACGAGCGAAUUGACGAUGACAAGGGGAACGAGCUCGGGGGACGAAUCUGCUGGAACAGGAGCAACAGGAACAAGCUCAAUAGGCGAAGUUGCAGGGCAAGAAACAAGCUCGAUGGGCGAAUCUGCUGGAGCAGGAACAAGCUUGAGGGGCGAAUCUGUGCGACAACGAACUGACUCCGGGGUGUGUUAUGAUGGGCAGCAGAUGCCUGCUGAGUGUGCUGGUCAGGACAGGAGUAGUUCAUCCAUCAAGGAGGAGGUUAGCGAUGGUGCGGAUGCAACUUCGACUGCGACAUCGAGUGCAACUACCGAUCGUAUCUGCAGUGGAGGACGCAAGGAAGGCGACGACAAUAACUCUGCACAGUCGGCAUUGCAGCCUACCCUUGAUGUUAUGGUGAAACUCGAUGACGUGACAACCGCGUCCCUCCUUUGUCGUCAGAUCGAUUGGCUAGAAAAUGCUGCAAACAUAUCGGAACACAGAUUUGCAUGGCUGUUCGCACUAUUGGCACAGGUAGGGAAACCUUUGGAUGCCGACACAACUGCUGCAAUCCGCUCGCUUCUCCGAUGUUGCUGUCGGUUGCGGUCGACGAAGCAAUCGGUCGACGACCCCGAGAUGCCAAGACUGAAUAUCCUUAUUGCUAUUGCGGGGAAGUACUUUGGCCAAGCGGAGGGUGGCCUUUGACUGUUGAUGAAGGUGGCCAUGUCAGAUACUCUCCGCAACGGGUGCGACCCAGCCAAGAACUGAAGGGCUGUGUCUCAGCGAUUCACGGAGCUGGUUGUGCUAUUGGCACACAAGUAAUGAAGCCUUCGGAUGACGACACGUCUGCAGCAAUCCGCUUGCUUCGCUGGUGGUGUGUUGUCGCUGAGAGACGAAGAAGCAAUCACUCGGAGACCCAUCACUGUCAAAGCUGAAUCCCCAUUGCAAUUGCUGGAAGUACUUCGGCCAACCUGAGGACAAGGAUGGCCUUGGAAUGUUUACCAGCGAUAGUCAGUGGUGUUGUGGCUUAGAGAUGAGAAAAAGCAGUUGCUCGGAGACCAAUGUUUUUUUUUUUUUUUUUUUUGCUUUUUUUUUUUUUUUUUUUUUUUUUUUUUUUUAAUGGUGUUGUCAAUCAGGUACUCUCUGCAACAUGUGUUGCACCAUACAUAGCGCCUAGGCUUCAUUUCCGUGCGCACGGGUGUCCCCGGCACGCACGGAUCCUUGCACAGCCGCACGGCCGUGCGGGUCCCCCGAACGGGCCCCGUACAGCCUCAGCGCGGUGUUCAGAAAAAAAAAAUGCAAAGUUUUUCUCUUCUUCGUCUUCUUCUUUUUCUCCUCCCUUGUCGUCUACCUUCUUCUUCCCCUCCCGCGAUCUCCUUUGUCCCUCCCACUCCCUCCUACUCUCCCUGCCGCUCCCUCCUACUCUCCCUGCCGCUCCCGCUCCCUCCUACUCUCCCUCCCGCUCCCGCCAUCUCCCACGUCGCUCCCACAUCCUCCAGUCUGCAGUCUGGGAGUAGUUGUGCAUGGGCGUUGUCUUCUUGUGUUGCCAGUGCGCCACAGCCAUAGGCCGCCUCAGUAGUUCCCUAUCUACUCAACCUUCCAUCCACCAUGCAUAUGUAAUACUGUCGUCACUGCGACCAUAAAAGCUGCAAUUUCAAGGGGAUGCCGAUCGGGGUGGUUGCUUAAACUACAAACUACCUUAUCGUGUUCUGUCGUCAGGCGUGUAGAACAGAUUGAAAGGGGAUGGGCUCUGAUAGAUAUGCUGCAUGUUGCAGCAACUUUUGCCAGUUGUAUGUCACCGAAUGGGGACGCAAAACGUCCUCCGGUGCAGUGAUUGCUGCGCAGGACGUAUCAAGUCAGAUUUCAGGUGUCGUGGUUGUUUAAACUACCGGACGGGAAAGAUACAGAGUAGAUUUGAGCAUGGCCCCUCCGCAAGGAUGACACACAAACUACCUUAGGGCAUACUCACACUCACAAGGACUUUUUCCACAAAGCUCUGGACGGUGAUCGGGGUCAGAUUCAUCCUGGUCUAGCCAAAAUUGCAGUUCAAUCCAUUUCGGAAAGUGCUAGUGUGAGUAUGCCCUUUUUUUCACGAAGUGCUAGUGUGAGUAUGCCCUUCUUUUCACAAAGUGCUAGUGGUCUGUGAUAGGGCAUGUGCAGUGUAAGUGAUAAGUGUGGGCCUUUUUGUCUCACAGCGACGCUUGCCAGUCGUAUAUCUAUGCAACAGUGGAUGACAAUGGGUGGAUGCAGGUACGAGAUCUAUCGGACGUCGCACAUGCAAUCACUGAGUGCUGUGCCCACCGGCGGAAUGGUUUCAAUUUCACGCUCCGCUACUCAACAUUGUACAUACGUCUGGACGCCUUUCUGGACCAGAUGCAUUUAGAGUG